AUGGAAGACAUUCGAUUAUUCGGUAGAAUCGGCCACCUCAGCGACGAGCAGGCAUCGGCGCUUGUGGACUUUAAAGUUCUUCUGUCGGACAAACAACUUUUCAGCCCUGAAGUCAUUAUUGAUGAGAAGAGAUCCAUACCUGCCACCCACGAAGAUGCCUACCUCCUCAAAUUUCUACGGGCGGGCCGGUUUAACCUGACGGCCGCAUUUCGGCAAUUCGAAACAACAGAGAAAUGGCGCAAAAACGGGGCUGUCGACCAGAUUUACGAUAGCUUCGACGUAAAGGAAUUUGAAGAGACGAGAAAAUACUACCCACAAUGGACCGGGAGACGGGACAAGAAUGGUGUUCCGAUACAAGUUUAUGAAGUUGGCGCUUUGGACAGCCGUAAAAUGAAUUCGUUCUAUCAAUCCGCCAAAUCAGGAGCCAAAAGCACCAAGAGCAGCCUUCCUGCGACUACUCAGCGUCUCAUUGUCAUUGCAGAACACUCCACGAAUUUCGUCGUGCCUCUUUGCUCUUCGGUACAGAAGCGCACCAACCCAGAGGUACCGAUCGAGACAACUGUCAACAUUGUUGACAUAACUGGCUUGGGGUUCACUCAAUUCUGGGCGUUAAGAAACCACUUGAAAGAUGCGAGCACACUUGCUCAAAGUUAUUAUCCCGAGGCCCUCGAGAAGGUCUUCGUUAUUGGAGCACCGAGUGGAUUUACGAAGAUCUGGGAUUGGGCAAAAGGAUGGUUUGAUGCGGCGACAACAUCCAAAAUAUUUUUCCUCACUCCGGAAAACAUCACGGCUACACUGAAGGAGCACAUCGACUUGGAUAAUAUCCCGAAGAAAUAUGGUGGCAACUUGGACUGGAAGUUGGGCGACGCACCGGAUUUAGAUGAGGAGCUACGGGGUCUUCUUGCUGAUGCGGGGUCCAAUGACACCCCGUUUGCCCCUGGUACCUUGCAUUGGAAGGUUUCUGAUGGGAAAAAAAGCGUUGUUCUUUCGGGGACACAGAAUGGUGAAAGAAGAUAG